AUGACGCAAGGCUUUGAAGAAUUCAAAACGUCUAUUCUAAACCGAAGAAGAUUGAGGCUGAAUUCAACUGGGAACUUCUUUCCAGAUAGGGAGUGGUCUCCGAGGGUAUUAUUUGCGUUGGUUCUAAGCAAAUAUAUCUACGAAGCUUUUCUCUGCGGAACUGACAGAAUUUUUAUUUCAGAUCACCAAACAUUUUCAGGAUUCUUCAAGUAUGAAAUAUUGGAUGGCCAAAUGAUUAUAGACUACUAUAUAAUCAAUGACCCAGAAGCUGUGGAGCAUGGUAUUACUUUAAGGUCGGCUAUGGCAGGCUUUUUUAAUAAAAGUCUUGGUGAAGCAUCUGUUACAAAGACCAGGUUGAUGGAACUUUUUAAUACUGCCUGCAAAGCUGAAGUAAAAAAAUAG